CUCUUAGCCGAUUCAUUUCCUAUUAAUUGUAUCUAUACAUGGAAAUGGGAAAUUUAUAUCAUUGUGUGAUCUGUGAACGUAAGAGAUAAGUAUGUAUACAUAAAAUCAAUUGUUUGAAUCCAGCCUUCUACACGUAAAAUGUACAGAUAGUACACCGACCUCAACUGAAACAUCAUAGGUAUACAUAGACAAGCAUGUUAUUGGAAAAGUGGAGUGUAACCACGUGCAUCGACAGGGACCAUUGAGACGUUAUUAAGAUAAAAGGGAAUAAAUAUACUCUAAGGCCAUAUUAAAAAUUGUUGACAGAAAUGAAUAAUAAUACAGAAGUGGAUGAAAUUAGGACUAUAGGUGGAUCAUUGGUGGAAAUGUUUGGAUCGCUUUUUAUAGUUCUUGAACAUGCAUUUGCGAUGUUUCUUAUUUCAAAAUGCAAAAAUGUUCAAAAAUCAGUGAAAUUUCUAGUGUCGAAUUUAUGCAUUAUAGACAUAAUAGCUGGAUUAUGGGGAUUCGUUCGAGCACAUAUCAGAUUUCAUCUGAUCGAUAAAAAAAUUACUUGUAUGUUGGAUGUCCUGUUCACCACUUGUGUUUUAAACGUGUCUGCAUUACUUGUUUCUGCGAUCGCGAUCGAUAGAUAUACAAGUGUUUUUCGUCCAAUGACAUAUACUCAGAUAGUAAACAAAAGAGUUCUUGCAACUGCAUGUUGCGUAUUUUGGACUCUCGGUGCAGUUAUAGCUGUAAUAGCGUUAUAUUCAGAGUUUGCAUAUACAGAUGAUAUUGGUUGUGAAUUACGCAUGUCACAACAAGAGGUCUUCCCAUGGUUGUUGGUGCUGUUACGGGUAGUUUGUAUUUUCAUAAUUACUUUCUCAUACAGUCGGAUGUAUUCUAAAAUAGUAUCUCUUGGGAAAGUUUACUCAUCCGAAAUCAAACGUAGAGAAUUGCGAUCCAUUGCAAAAAUUCUUCUCAUUGUUUCACCGCAUCUGAUACUACACAUAUCGUAUGUUUUUAUUUUCUUUUUGAAGCCAAUUUUAAACAUUAAAAACGCUAUAUCGAUCAUAUCUCUCAUUUACACCAUUAUAAUACUUUUAGAUGCUCUUAUUUAUGUAUUUCGAUUCAAAGAGUGUAGAAUCAACAUGGCAAUUUAUAUGUGUUUCUGCAGGAAAGAAUACAGAGAUAGAAAAAUAAAAAAGAGGACAUUGCUUUACGGAACAUUUUUGGAUGAAAAUCCGCAAGGUACGUCAAGUAGUAUUGUCAGAAAUCAACGAAAUAUAUCCAGAAUAGACAAUGAAUCUAUUUAUGUUGUAUCAAAUUCAGUAUAAUUAUCCGUAGAUGCAUGUCACUGGCACGGUUGUCAAAAAUGUAGACUUCAGAUGCCAUAUACAAUUGCCAAAAAUGAAAUGAACUAAUCUAACUUUGUUCUGAAUAAGCACAUGUGAUACAACAUUUAUUGAGUAUAAAACCGUCAGGAUCAAACCAACAUUUUAAUUAUCAAUACUGUCAAGUUGAAUAAAAAGAUUAUGUCAUGUU